UCUUGGCACAGCUGAGCCUUCGGCCGUUUCUGCCCGGGACGGGCAUGGCCAGCGUGGCUGGACGGCAGCUGGGCUCGGUCAGGCUGAGGGUGUGCGGGUGUGUGAGGCUGUGCGGUCGGGGUAGCUGCCAUGGCUGUAACCGCAUGACAGCCGCUCGCUCAGAAAGCACAGCUGGCCUGGCCCGUCCCCGCGACCUGGCAGUCUAAUCUGGGAAGAUGGACGAGGAACCUGGGAGUCGUGGUCUGAGUGUUCUGAGCGAUUCCGUGUCAGGGUGGGGUUGGGUCAGUGUCCCCAGCUCCGGACAACACAGCUACCGGCCCGCCCCAAGGACUCCAGACUUCCGGAGGAGGCGCCGUGUUGUGCUGACACGAAUCAGUGUCAUUCUGGGGCAGAGCCCUCCAGCUGUGUGCAAAGGAGCUCAGUCAGGAGGCCCGAUGGCAGCCUACCGGCCAGCGGGCUCAGUGCAGCCCAGGGAAGGUGCGGCCAGGGCAGCUGCAGGAAGCCCGGGGAAGCAUGGCCACUGUCCUGUCCUGAGGACGCGCAGCAGUGCAGGCGCAGCGAGGGACACCACGACCUACUCCACGGAGCGGUCCGAGCACUUCAAGCCGUGCCGAGACAAGGACCUCGCGUACUGCCUGAACGACGGCGAGUGCUUCGUGAUCGAGACCCUCACCGGGUCCCAUAAGCACUGCCGUCCAUAUCGCUCCACUGCUGAUGAUCCCAAGGCAGUGCUAUCCAACUGCGCAGUGGUAGGACAGCAGCUGAAGCCUUCGUGGCUCGGGGUUCCCAUCAGCGAAGGCCCUCGCUGGCCGGAAGACAUGAGAGCAGGUCAGUACUGA